AUGCGUCUGCUGAUUUUGCUGCUGAUUGGACUGGGCUGCUGCUCCUGCUGCACUUCGGCACUCAAGUGUCGAUCCCAGGAGGGAUUGGCCGAGGCGGAGCUGAAGAGAACCGUGCGGGGGUGCAUGCGGCGCCAGGACGACAACGAGGAUCGCGGACGAGGAGGGCAGGGCAGGCAGGGAAACGGCCAUGGAUUCGAGUACGAACGGGAUCAGGAGGAGGAGCCGGAUCGCGAUCCCGAUCGAAAUAUGCGCAACAGGGGCGGCUAUGGCAACAGGAGGACGAGGGGUUUCAGGCAGUCGGAGAACAGGAACAACACAGGCGGCGAUGGAGGUCAGUGUGUGGCCCAGUGCUUUUUCGAGGAGAUGAACAUGGUGGAUGGCAACGGAAUGCCCGACCGGCGCAAGGUGAGCUACCUGCUGACCAAGGACCUUCGGGAUCGGGAGCUGCGCAACUUCUUCACGGACACGGUGCAGCAGUGCUUCCGGUACUUGGAGAACAUCGGAAGGAACAGGCACAACAAGUGCGCCGUUGCCCGGGAACUGGUCAAGUGCAUGUCGGAGUACGCGAAGGCGCAGUGCGAGGAUUGGGAGGAGCACGGCAACAUGCUCUUCAACUAGCACCCAGCUUACCCCACUCUUCAGAUCCUCGCAGUGGUCGAGGAAGCGCUCGUGGUUGUCCCGGAUCCCGCCGUCGGUGUUCUCCUCCAGC